GUUGUUGCUGUUGAUCUUUCCUUAUUCGAAGGAGGUCACGUCUGCUGCUGCGGCGCCAAGCUCACUCGUAUGCUAGAUUCAGACUUGCGCAGACGUCUGGUACAGUCAUGGACCAACAGUCGUCCACGGGUCAAUACAGGCGUCUACGAGUUGUCUCACUGCUCCCGGAGGCAAUCUCUCCGGUGUGAGACACCAACUACCCCUUUCAUCGUAUAAAAUGCCCCCGCGGAACUUGAUUUCCCUCCAUCACAAACAUGAACACCAACCACAACCAACUGUGCUCUACAAACACCACCAGCACGUGCGAAGCUUCGUCUUCCACAAUCACUCUUCGUCCUGAAGAGGAAUUCAAUCCGCAAUACUGCACUCGAUGCGACCAGACACUGUGGUCGAUCGAGCUUAUGCGGAAUCAUCUCGACUUUUCUGGUCGACACCCGUAUUGUCGUACCUGCAAGCGGGGAUUCUUGAACAACAACUCCUACAAGACGCACCUGAUCCUUUCGGAUUACCAUCAUUAUUGUGAUGACUGCGAUAAGGAGUUCCAGUCUUCCUCUGCUCUUAAAAUUCAUUAUGAGCAAUCUGCUCGUCACCAUCGUGAUUAUGAAGAAGGCGAUCGCGAGAAGCACUCCGAAGGGUGGGAAGAUGAGCUGGCUCGUCAGCAAGAGCGAGAGGAGAACCGGGAGAAUCCUGUAGCCCUCGAAAAAGCCGAGGAACAGGCUCCUAUGACCCGGGUAGAGGUUGGCAUUGCGAUCUUGAAUCUCAAGAAGCGCCUGCAGCGCCAACCUAUACCGAAAGCCACUGUGAAGCAAACAUGCCCGGUGUGCUUGUGUCCGUCAUCGAAGAUGAGCGUGACGAAAUGUGGGCACGUAUUCUGUUCAUCUUGCAUCCGUCAGACCUUUGAAAAGAGUCAGGGAUGCCCCUCGUGCCGAAAGUCUGGUCAUCUUGGCCAACUGCGAAAGAUCGAUUUGCAUAUACAUUAGUGCUAUCGAUGGACGCUUUUCUUUAUCUUCAUAUAACGGAUAUCUCAUACCUAUAUAUAUGUACCUCAAUGCGAAUCGAAUGGAUUUAACAG